AUGGCUACAGGAGGAGGACAAGAAGCAACAGCACAGCGUAUUUUACGCAUUGCGGACAUUGCCCAGGAGCUAUUGGAAUUUCUUGCACCCAUUAGCGGUUAUGGAAAAGAACCUCUUGUUUCACUGGAACAAGCAGUCGAACCACUUGUUUCGAUCCUACCAGAAAUUCAGAGUCACGCUUAUGUUGCUAAACAAAGAUGUGAGAAUCCUGCUGAUGGAUUGUCACAAGAUGAAUCUGCAUCAAUUAUGCUGUACACAAUGGGAUGGGAACCACUCGAUGAAUGCCUAUACUUCGUUUUGAAUGAUACAUUACGAUCAUCUGAACGACAACAAAAACUUAAACCAUGGUAUUUGUUUAUGAGACUCUUUCUUAAUGCACUAUUUCGGCUUCCACCGCUUCCAAAAGUAGCAUACAGAGGUGUUAAAUUAGACUUGAGCGAGCGUUACGUCGAAGGAAAAACAAUCGUCUGGUGGGGUUUUUCAUCUUGCACAACAGCUGUUGGUGUUCUAAAAUCAGAACAAUUUUUGGGUACGACAGGUACCAGAACAAUGUUCACCUUACAAUGUCAAUCAGCUAGAGAUAUUCGCAAGCAUUCAUAUUAUACAGCUGAAGAUGAAGUGCUUUUAAUGGCUGGUACUCAAUUCAAAGUAAUGGGUUGUCUUGAUCAAGGAAACCUUCACAUUGUUCAAUUGGAAGAAACUCGUCCGCCAUUUCCACUAUUACAGCCAGUACCAAUUGUUAUUCCAAAACCGAUCAGUUCAACUCCCUCAAGUAAGUGAAAAUAAAGAAAAAAGAACAUUCCGCUUGAUAUACAACAUCCCCACUUUCGAUACUGUGAAGAAAAUCAAAAAUUAUAUUCUCCAAUCAGCGUACGUAUGAUAAAAUAUGAACAUAAAGAGUCGAUUUAGAUUUAUUAUCCAUCUAAAAACCAUUCUCAUACCAAAAAUAAAAUUGAGUUAGUUUAAAAGAUCAGAAAAAAAAGACUCUUCAUGAUAAUCUUCGAUUAGAUUCAAUAGAAUUUUCGAUUUUGCAAAUUUUUUUAAACAAAAACAAAAACAAUCGACUUUGUCUUACAUAGUUUAAGUAACCAAUUAAGAUCCUGAUCAGUUUCAAUUACUUUUUUCUUCAUCUAUUAAUAUCUAAUUUCUUUCGUGAAAUCUAAAAAAGUGAUUCAAAUUGAUUUGUUUUCUAGAUCCACAAGUAUCACUAGAAAUGUUUUCUUCAGGAGAUGCUUUCUUCUUCUAUACUACCGGCCCAAAGAAUCGUAGAUAUGGGGUAAAUGUAAUGAUAAUUUUUCCUACAGUUAGAAAUCCACAAAAAUACUCUUGUUUUUGAACAACUUCUUGAGGAUUUGGAUGAAGUUAGAGUAAGAGUGAAAAGAAGAUUUGACACCUUCCUCUCAAACACUUAUGUUCACACCAAUCUCUACUUUGAUUAAGCUACUAAAUAAAUAAAAAAAGGUAUAUUGAACUUUAUCCAUAAUGUCACCAAUCAAAGCAUCGCCAAAUAAAAGUAGGAUGUCGUUGAUUAUCGCCUUGAUAAUGAGAUUCACAAGUAGUGGUGAAAGUUAUGUGAUUCUAAUAGCUCUUAUUCCUCAGACACAUAGAACACACAUGGAAAACCUCAGACUAUGUGCCUUCUUAAAAUUUAGUCUGUAUGAAGUUACUUCAUUUUUGAAAAAAAUUUCAAUUUUUAUUCAUGGACAGGAAGUAUAUAUCCUUUAGGAUGGAUGUAGAUGUAGGUAUGAAGCUAUCCAACACUUCCACACUCACGUCCGAUUAUCAUAAGAUCAUACAUGUGUUCUUUGACAAUUAUAAAUUCAUAUUUUUUCCAUGUGUUAUAUUUUACAUUUAUAAUAUCUAUUAUAAUAUGUACAAUAGUAUAGCAAACUGUUCUUAAAAGUAAUCCAUUUUUUAUAAACAGUCUUACAGGUAUGAAGUUUUAAAUUAAGGAAUGUAAAAUGUAAUUAACAGUAAUAUUGUUUUUUCACAUAAAUUGCGAUAUAUUACUCUCACUAAAAACUAACAGUUAAGUUUCCUACUCAUAGAAAAGCUGAUUCAAGAUCUACUUGAGUUUUAUGCUUCCUAACAUUUUAUGUUCCACAGUCUCUCCAAUUCAAAAACGAGAAACUGUUGUUUUAAUUCCAACUCUUAUCUCAGAAUUGUUUGACACAUGUUGCUUUUAAACUCAUAGUCUUCAUCUACUUUUAUAAUUUUCAAUAAAUUUUUUGUUGAAUAGCACUCCUAUUGAUAUAAUUAUAGUUCCCAUACUGUUUUACACGUAUCGUUUUUUGUCGAUCAAAGAAAAGAAAUAAUACUAAAAUGUUCUUUUCCCAGUAAUAAAUUUUGUGAUUUCUUCCAAUUGCAAUUAGACAUCCACAUAUUCGAAGUAUAUGACAUUACAUAAUAGAAAUGAAAAUUUAUUCAAGAUCUCAAUUAUAGCUAGAUUCUUCAUGUGCAAAUUAAAAAGGAUUAAAUCAUUUCAAUUGAUUGAAAAGAAAAUCUCAAAUCAGUUCAUUCAUUCCGAAAUAUUAUCUCCGACCCACUUCACUUGAAACUCUGGGAGGAGACUUGUUAAAAAAAGGUUUUGUCCAAAAUAAUCCCAAGAUAUACG